UUAAUCAGUUCCAACAUGAAUUUCAUACUAUUCACAUCAUUUCUGCUGACUCUCAGCUUUUGUUCCACAUUUCAGGAAGAAAUAUCAAGUUAUGUUAUAAACGGCGAGGAUGCUAGAAUUGAGGACCAUCCAUAUAUGGCACAUGUCUACAGCCUCAUGUUACCAACUUGUGGUGGCUCGAUUCUCACAAGACGAAGCGUUUUGACUGCUGCUCAUUGCUUAAUCUUUCGAAUUUCUCAACCAGCUUUAGUGUCAGUAGUCGUUGGUACAGCAUAUAGAGAUGGAACAGGUGGAACUAGCUACAGAUCAGCAAGAAUAUUAUUGCAUCCAGAUUAUGUAGCAGGUCCAAAUGUUUACGAUAUUGGAAUAGUCAACACAGCUAGAGCAAUUGAAUUCGGUCCACUUGUACAGCCAAUUCAACUUGGAACUGAUGAAUAUAUUGGAGUUGAUGUUCCUGGUGUCUUUACUGGAUGGGGUUUUAUUGGGUACGGGGGAAUAUUGCCACGACGAGCAGUUACAUUACAGAAAAUGUACACUAGAACAAUUGCAAAUGAUGAUUGUAAGGAAAGAUACAGCGUGACUCAUCGUGGAGACUACAUUUUUGAUCAGAAGCUUUGUGUUGUCAGUGGACCAAGAACUUCCGUGUGUGGAGGAGACUCAGGAGGUCCAUUAGUGAUUAACGGAACAGUUGCAGGUGUGAUUAGCUGGAGAACGUUCCCUUGUGGAGAUGGAUUACCAGUACGUGUUAAAUUGCAUCUGAUUAAGAUCAGUUACAACAUGAAGUUCAUUCUAUUCACAUCAUUUUUGCUAGUUUUCAGCAUUACUUCCUCAUUUCAGGAAGAAAUAUCAAGUUAUGUAAUAAAUGGCGAGGAUGCAAGGAUUGAAGAGCAUCCUUAUAUGGCACAUAUCUUUACUAUGAUGUUUGCUACAUGUGGUUCAUCAAUUAUUACGUCACGAAGUCUUCUUACAGCUGCACAUUGCCUCACAACCGUCAUCUCCCAACCAGCUUUAGUCUCAGUUGUUGUAGGCACAGCAUACAGAAAUGGAACAGGUGGAACAAUGUACAGAACAUCAAGAAUUUUCCUACAUCCAGGCUAUGUAUCAGGACCAGAACUUUACGACGUUGCAGUUGUUCGAACAUUAAGACAAAUUGAGUACGGCCCACUUGUACAGCCAAUUCCCCUUGGCACAGAUGAACUUAUUGGAAUUGAUGCGCCAGGCGUUUUUACUGGUUGGGGAUCGAUUGGAUAUGGAGCAAUUUUCCAACGUCUUGCAAGUACGAUGCAGAAAAUGUACACAAAGACUAUUUCAAAUGAUGAUUGUAGGAAAAGAUACAGCGUGACUGAUCGUGGUGAUUACAUUUUUGAUCAGAAACUUUGUGUUGUCAGUGGACCAAGAACUUCAGUUUGUGGAGGAGACUCUGGAGGUCCACUAGUAAUUGACGGGAGAGUGGCAGGAGUGUUAAGUUGGAGGACAUUCCCUUGCGGAGAUGGAUUGCCAGAUGUCUUCAUUCGCGUAUCUGCAGCUCGUGAUUGGAUUAAUGCUGUUCUCGUAUAAUUUAAUACAAGACAAAAAUGUGGGAUUAGCAAAACUUUUUAUUGCACGUGAAUCAAUCAAUCAUCGUAAAAUUUAAAAACAAAUCUGUUUGCGAUAAGAUGAGGAAUUGCGUU